CGUUUUCACCGCAAACACCUUCGUCGCAUCUUAUCUCGUCGCCGACUUCUACACACCCAAACUGUACCGCUCCCCCUUGCCUCGUGCCUACUCGAGAAGCUGUACUAGACAAAGUACAAAACCGCACACGCACACGCACGCACUUCCAAAUCCACAUUCACCCCAAUCACAUUCGCAAUGGCUCAACAAGCACGCCCAUCCUCGUCCACCUCUCAUAGCGACACUUGGAAAGCAGGUCUGCGCCCACCACCAAAAGACUACCGCCCGCAGACCGAAGAUGUCACCGCAACAAAGGGUGUCGAAUUUGAAGACAUGUACCUCCGCAGGGAGCUCCUCAUGGGCAUCUACGAGGCCGGCUUCGAGCGGCCCUCGCCAAUCCAGGAGGAGGCCAUCCCCAUCGCCCUCACCAAACGCGACGUCCUCGCCCGUGCCAAGAACGGCACGGGUAAGACUGCAGCCUUCGUUAUCCCCUCUCUCCAACAAGUCGACGUCAACAAGAACAAGAUUCAGGCCCUUCUGCUCGUCCCGACACGUGAGCUCGCGUUGCAGACCGCACAGGUUUGCAAGAACCUCGGGAAGCACAUGGGUGUACAGGUCAUGGUCACCACUGGCGGCACCACGCUCAAGGACGACAUCAUGCGUCUUUCCGAGGAGGUACACGUACUAGUCGGGACGCCUGGCCGUAUCCUGGAUCUCGCCGGCAAGGGCGUUGCAGACCUCAGCGAGUGCCCCGUCUUCGUCAUGGACGAAGCGGACAAGCUACUCUCCCCCGAGUUUGCUCCGGUGAUGGAGCAGCUCCUCUCCUACCUCCCCAAGGACCGCCAGGUCAUGCUGUUUAGUGCUACAUUCCCCAUGAUCGUCAAGGACUUCAAGGACAAGCACAUGAAGUCUCCUUACGAGAUCAACCUCAUGGACGAGCUCACUCUCCGUGGUGUUACCCAAUAUUAUGCCUAUGUCGAAGAGCGGCAGAAGGUCCACUGUCUCAAUACGCUAUUCUCCAAGCUGCAAAUCAACCAAUCAAUUAUAUUCUGUAACUCUACGAACCGCGUCGAGCUGCUCGCCAAGAAGGUCACGGAGCUCGGCUAUUCAUGUUUCUAUUCACACGCGAAGAUGCUGCAGUCGCACCGUAACCGCGUCUUCCACGACUUCCGCAACGGUGUCUGCCGCAACCUCGUCUGCUCGGACCUCCUCACCCGUGGUAUCGAUAUUCAGGCGGUCAAUGUCGUCAUUAAUUUCGACUUCCCCAAGAACUCCGAGACGUACCUGCACCGUAUCGGUCGCUCGGGUCGUUUCGGACACCUCGGUCUCGCGAUCAACCUCGUCACGUACGAGGACCGCUUCAACUUGUACAAGAUCGAGCAGGAGCUCGGCACGGAGAUCCAGCCUAUUCCGCAGCAGAUUGACAAGGGUCUCUAUGUCGCUCCCAGCGGCGCCUCAGAGGAGAACGGCGAACAGCAGCCUCAGCAGCCGCAGAAGGGGAAGGGCCCCGCCCAGCCGCAACCGCAGCCCCAGCAAGGGCACAGGCAGGCACACCCCCAGGCCGCGUCUCCAGCGCCGGGACGCGCGGGACCUGCACAGGUUGUCUACCAGAGCCAGCCUCAAGCACCUCGAGCGAACGGUUCGGGGGCACCGCAGCAAUCUGGCCCCCAGUAUCAGAACGGAUACCGCGGCGUGCCCGUUGCGCGAUGAACGCCGCGUUCGUCCGUUAUGAUGCUGCCUAGGAGAGCUGGAGGAGCGCUGAGCAUCGAGCAGGUUGAGGAGAGGGAGGACGGGGGAGAGGAGGGAGCGUACGGGGAUGGAUGACCACAACACCGGCCAAACCACACGCGUGCCUUCUCGCGUCGCAUCGAUUGUCUCGGCUUCUUCGCAACCACCAGGGGACCUUGUAUCAUAUUCUCGCCUUUGCCGCUCCGCACCCUCGCACCACCCACACCGCGCAUCGCAUCCGCACCACUCACCACAUAACACUCGUGCGCACCUAGCUACUUGCCAUGCUCCCACUGCCCAUGCGAUCGUGGAGGACCCGCGCUGCCGCCGCUAUUUGUUUCUCUGUCCCGCUGCUCUGCCGUCCCAGUACUACUAGUAUACGGUUACAGUCACUUUACUCUUACAUUCCCUCUUUACCCAGGCCCCCUUGCCUUUUCUGUGUUCGCGCGUUGCAUGUAGCC